AUGUCAACCGUAUUUUUUCGCGUUCUGGAAAACACUAUGUCGUGGAUGUCGUUGUGUUCAAGCAUUGACACACAUCCUGAAUACUCUACGCCACGUCCAAGGAGUGCUGUUGCACUCACAGCCACCCUUUCGUCACCCUCACAGCCAUCUUCGACGACGUCAACCCUAUUUUUCAACUUCCGGAAAACACUAUCUCGUGGAUGCGGUUAUCUCGAAGUGUAG